AUGGACACUGAUCUCAGUUCCCAGGACAGGAAGGACCUCGACAAGUUCAUAAAAUUUUUUGCUCUAAAGACAGUACAAGUAAUUGUCCAGGCCCGACUUGGAGAGAAAAUCUGUACCCGCUCAUCAUCCUCCCCAACAGGCUCUGACUGGUUCAAUUUGGCAAUCAAAGAUAUACCGGAGGUUACUCAUGAAGCCAAAAAAGCGCUGGCAGGACAGCUACCAGCUGUCGGACGGUCCAUGUGUGUGGAGAUUUCUCUCAAAACCUCAGAGGGGGACUCCAUGGAGCUGGAAAUUUGGUGUCUAGAAAUGAAUGAAAAGUGUGACAAAGAAAUCAAAGUUUCAUACACCGUAUACAACAGGCUGUCGCUGCUGCUGAAGUCUUUGCUUGCUAUAACCAGGGUAACUCCAGCCUACAGACUCUCAAGGAAACAAGGCCAUGAAUAUGUAAUAUUGUACAGGAUAUAUUUUGGUGAAGUGCAGCUGGGUGGCUUGGGAGAAGGUUUCCAGACAGUCCGUGUUGGGACAGUGGGUACCCCAGUGGGCACCAUCACUUUGUCUUGUGCCUACAGGAUCAACCUUGCUUUCAUGUCAACCAGGCAGUUUGAGAGGACCCCUCCUAUCAUGGGGAUUAUCAUUGAUCACUUUGUGGACCGUCCCUAUCCCAGCUCUUCACCCAUGCAUCCCUGCAAUUACAGAGCUGGUGAGGACAAUGGUGCAGUAUACCCUUCAGUAGAAGAUUCCCAAGAAGUGUGUGCCACGUCUUUUUCCACUUCUCCUCCAUCUCAGUGUGUUUUUACUGCCGCAAAGGCACAUUUUCAGACCCCUCCUCCUGUGGUGACGGACACCUUGAAGGUCCCAGUGAUGGGACUGGCCUUUUCACAUCAACUUUCCAGCUCUCGUCUUUCCUAUCAGCCUGCUGCCCUGGGAGUUGGAUCAGCUGACAUGGGGUAUCCUGUACUCUUUGCUGGUGGCUUGAAUGCUGCACACCCUCACCAGUUGAUUGGUCCAGGCAAAGAAGGGGGAGUUCCCCCGAUUCCUAGCCAGCCAGCACAUGGCACUCAAGCUGACCAAGAGAGGAUGUGUACCCCAUUGGAUGGAGUUCACUACUCAGCAGCUACUCCUUCUAGUAGCGAGGACACAGAAACAGUAUCAAACAGCAGCGAAGGGAAGUGUGGCUCCCCCCAUGACCUUUUGGAGACCAUCUUUAUCCGGAAAGUGGGAGCUUUUGUUAACAAACCCAUUAACCAGGUGACCAUGGCCAACUUAGACAUUCCUUUUGCCAUGUUUGCUCCCAAGAAUGUUGAGCUGGAAGAUAACGACCCCAUGGUCAAUCCUCCUGACUCCCCAGAAACUGAAUCUCCUCUACAAGGCAGCUUACACUCGGAGGGCUCCAGUGGCAGCAGCACAGGGAACACCCAUGAUGACUUUGUUAUGAUUGACUUUAAACCAGCAUUUUCAAAAGAUGACAUUCUUCCAAUGGACCUGGGGACAUUUUACCGUGAGUUUCAGAACCCCCCUCAACUCAGCAGCCUCUCAAUUGACAUUGGAGCACAGUCCAUGGCAGAGGAUUUGGACUCGUUACCAGAGAAGCUGGCAGUCCACGAGAAAAACGUCAAGGAGUUUGAUGCCUUUGUAGAAACCUUGCAGUGAAGCUGUUUUCCAGUUUUGCUGUAGCAGUUCUUCCUCCCCAAGGCAUCCUGGAGAAUGACAUCAACAAGUAUCUCUAUCACCCCUGCUCUGGCAUUUGUCUCACUUUGACUAGUUCCUUCCAACAAGUGAGCUUUCUUUGAUUGCUCUCUUCAACAGCAGAUACAGCUCAUCUGCUAAUUUUCCUCAACUCUACCACCACAUAGUUCUGGACUGCUUUUCCUGCUCACAGUCAGUUUUGAAUUUAAGACUUCAGUAGGGACACAGGAAGUCAAACUCCAGUGUAUGAACCUUGUUUUCUCCUCGGUCUCUGUUCUGUGUGGAGGGGCUUUGUGAAAAGUUGCCAUACGCUUCCUCCAAAGGUCCUAUGGUGUACGUUCCCUAGGUUUAGCUUCUUGCCUACAGACUUUUUCCUACGGUCUCUGAUCCUGUUAGAGCAUAGAAAGCUUUGGCUCAUU